AUGAAUCAGCAGCUGAAAACGUCCAGAAAGCGCCAAUUCCCAGAGCCAAUGCUUUGGCUGAUAUUCCGCGGCCUUGCCGAGUGUCUGCAUAUGAUGCAUACAGGUCGCACAGUCGCCCACAACGAACCCACAUUCGCUGACAGGUUGAUGAGCAAUGCAAACCUACCCAGAGCUGCUGGCUGGCGACCCCUGACGAACGUGGACAUCAAGCUUCGUAACGUCGUCAUCGGCCGCCCAACACCCCACUGGUAUGCCUCCUACAAGACAGCGCUGAUGAUCGACUUCGGCCACACGGCGCACAACAAGUAUCCAAAUAAAGCCUCAAAGCUGCAAAGCGCAAGGCCCUUCCAACCCCCACCCGCCAACCGCCGUAAUACCCCCAUCGACGUCCGCGCCUCAAUCUGGAACACGGGCAAGAUCAUGUACGAGCUGAUGAACCAAGAAUUCUACAACUUGUCCGACCCGAAAAUCGACAUUUUCAAACCCAGCGCCACGUUCCUCGGGCGCAGAUUCCGCUACUGGCCUGAGCUGGAAAUCCUCGUCAGAACAUGUCUCGCAGCUGACCCAGAUGCGCGCCCUCAGCUCAACGAAAUCCUCUGGGCCUCGGCCGACGGCUUGGAGAAAUGGGAGCAAACUGCAAUGCGCGUUUCCGGCCCGGACGUUCCCACCGACAUGCUCUGGGAGUGGAAGAAGGAAGAUUUCGCACUGGAUGCUGUGGUGCCGAAGCAUUGGCAUUGGCAUGCGAGGAAGCGCCCGGGACACGAUGAUAAAUCGUCUGAGGAUGAUGAUGGGCCGCUAGACACGCGCAGGCCGAGUAGUAAUCACGAGAGUGAGAGUGACGGGGAGUUUGGGGAUGAGAGUUAUCGGCCGGGUACGGCGGAACAGAUUAUGGAGAGGCGGAGGAGACAUGUUGCUGACCCUGUCGUGGCGCCGCGAGAUGGAGGCGCUGCAAGUGGCCCGCCAUCUUCGCGCAGGCUGAGUAGUAGCGAGCAGAGUGAGGGGGAGUUUGGCGGGGAGAGUUUUCGGCCGAGUACGACGCAGGAGGUUACGAAGGAAAUUGAGGAGGCGAGGAGGGUGAGGGGAGGGCCUGCACUUAUUGCGGCGCCGGGAGUUGGAGAUGCUGUGGCGUUGGAUGGAAGGACUGCGGUUGAUGAACGUGUGCCAGGUGCGAAGAGGAAGUCGAGUGAGGAUGGGGGAGGGCGGUCGAAGAGAAUUAGGAGGAGUAGGUAA